GUUUGGACAUGGUAGUAUUUGAAGCGAGUCAGCAAUCGCUCGCCCACGAAGGCCAAGCCCCCAAACCUCUACAACGAAGGCGUGAUGGCUGCUCGGAAUGCCGGAGGAAAAAGGUCAAGUGCGAUUUGCGCAGACCUGUUUGUUCACGAUGCACCCGCUUUCCGAAAGAGUGUAGAUACGGUCUAAACUUUGUCAGUGAGAGACAACGUCCAAGGUCCCAAAAUUCAGCAGAACGGCCUCUUCGCAGUCUGAUAAGGCCUGAUGUCAGACUAUGUAUUGAUGAAUCAUUUUCGAUUCUCCCACAUCAGCUUCACCUCAACCCAUCUCCCUUCCUAUCGACAAAGGAGUCACUAUUCUUUCUUCACCUCUUUGCUACUGAAACCGCUCCGCGGCUCUUUCCAGCUGCUCCCAGCAUUUUCGUACGUCAGUUAGUGAAUCGCGCCCUGGAGACGCCUCACCUGCUCCAUGCACUCCUAGCAGCAGCGAGUAGUCAUCACGGCCGCUUGGUGGGAGAUUUCAGCGCGAGAUCAAGGACGACGACUCUGAAAUUUACCAACUUUGCUGUCUCCGGCCUACGUACUGCCCUCAGUAGGACAGAGGAGAUGCCAAAAGCAGAGACAACCAUGACAGCUCUUGCUUUAUGUACGAACGAUAUCUGUAAUGGAAACCGAGACAUAUGGCGGGCCCAUCUGUCUGGAGCAACUCGUUUAUUGACUGCUUUCUUGGAUAGCCAUACCGUAGCUUCAGGUGUUGUUGAUCCGUUUGGUCUGUGUUUGGUCAAAUGGUUUGCCACGCUAGAUACUAUGGCGAAUUUGACAGGAGUCAGUGCAAGCCCGACCGAUAGAGAUCCACGUUGGUACCUGGACAAAAUUCCUGAUACGCAGGUUGGCUACGUGGACGAUAUAUCUGGUUACUCUCCGGAGCUUAUACCAAUGUUGGCUCAGCUGGGACAGAUGGCAGGCCGGCAAGAUUUAUGCACGGCAGCAAAAUAUGACGUGCUGUUCACCCUGCCACAGCAGCUGUUGGAAGAGGCUCAGCAGCUAGAAUCCCAGAUCAGGUCUAUUACGGACAGGACUGUUUCAGAUUCCACGUUGAAAAAUCAUAACAGUGCGCUUACAGUUGACUUGCUGCACACUCAUCGUGCCUUUGUCCAUGCUUCACUGCUUCAUCUUCACCGUCGGGUUCAAUUACUUCCGAGGGGCCACAGUCAAGUCAAGGAAGAUAUCACCAAUAUCGUCAACGCCGUUCUAAAUAUCGAUCCCUUUUCUCCCGCCAAUAUACUCAUUCUCUGGCCAAUGUUUAGUGCUGGCUGUGAAACCAGCUUCGUGAGCGAACGCAACCUGAUCCAAGACCGCAUGGCCAAUAUGCAAAGCCUUGGAUUGGGAAAUUACACUAGAGCCAGGGAUAUGUUGAAAAUAUUCUGGUCGUCUGGUAGUUCUAUGCCAUGGGAUAUUUACUUUGCGGAACAGGGGAUACAGCUGGUUUUAUUUUGAGACACGUUGAGAUUGACUGGCACUCCGCUAAUACCAACCUUCAAAGAUUGUCUGUAACUUAGUUCGCUGUGACUCUAGCAUGA